AUUUAGUGCUUUUUUUUCUUUCUUUGUGCUUAGUUCAAAUGGUGAAAUUAUCUCUACACUUUCUUGCAUUUUGCAUCAUAGCAAAUUUCACCAAUUUAUUUAAUUCCCCAAUUUCAAUUCAUGCACUUAAUGUUGGUGUUGAAACUAAUGCUGGCCUCUCCUUGGAAAAAGAAUGCAGUAGAACAUGUGAAUCAAAGUUUUGUGCAGUUCCUCCAUUUCUAAGAUAUGGUAAAUAUUGUGGAAUUAUGUAUAGUGGAUGCCCUGGGGAACAACCAUGUGAUGCACUUGAUGCUUGUUGUAUGAAGCAUGAUUUAUGUAUACAACACAAAGACAGUAAGUUAUUUACUUUACGAGUUUUGAAUUUUAUAAUGACAGUAAAAAUAUAAAAGCUUUAUUCACGUUUAUCUUAUAUAUAAUAUAGAAUUCAAUUUUAACUAUACGGCAUUAAAGGUUGAUAUAUAGGGUGUGUUCGGCAUGCAUGAAGAAAAAUAUUUUCUCAAAAAAAAUUAUCUUUAAAAAAUAAGUGAUUUUUUUAAAUUUAUAUAAAACGCGACAUAAAUAUCAUGUGAGGUGGGGUUUGUGGUGGUGGGGUUGAGAGUUGUAGGAUAAAAGGUGAAAAUGAGGUGUCCAAAGUACGAUAAAAACAUAAUUGACGUGGGAUAUUAUUAUUUGUGAAAUUUAUUUUCUUACUUUAGUUAAGGAAGUUAAUUUCCUAAUUAUUAACAUAUUUUGAUUUCAAAAUAUUUAACUAAUUGAACAUUAAAAAAAAGAUUAUAGAAAAUAUUUUUCCUCAAUACCAAACAUACUCAUAGUUCCUAAUUCACACCUUUUAUCUCUAAAAAAUUUGAAGUCAUG